AUGGAUGUAUUACCACAGUUACCACCGGAUACUGCACCACUUGAACAUCAAGUUGCUGGACAUUUUUAUGGUCGAUCAAAAACAAAAUUUGGUUUAUUACAACGUUGUUCAACAGGUGAUGUUCUUAAACCAUUACUUAAUCCACCACGUGGUCCACGUGAACAUCAAUUUUAUGAUAAUAUAUUUUCUGAUAAAAUCUCUGGUGAAAUUGUUAAACUACGACCAUUCCUUCCGAAAUUAUUGGGUACAUAUCAAUUUGAUGGUAUGACCUAUUUAAUAUUAGAAAAUAUCAUUCAAUCCUAUGAAUAUCCAUGUGCUAUUGAUAUAAAACUUGGUCGUGUAACUUAUGAUUGUGAAGCAACACCGGAAAAAAUUGAACGACAAAUAGCAAAAUUUGAACCAGCAGCUGAAAUUGGUUUUCAAUUACUUGGAUGGAAAACUUAUCGUCAAUUAGAUAAUUCAUAUAUUUAUCAUGAUAAAAAAUGUGCACGAUCAUUAACUAAAGAUGAUCUUCUCUAUGGUAUGGCGCAUUUUUUUGGUGCACCUGAAUAUGAUCAUCGGCCAAUUGUACGAGCUGUACUUGAACGUCUUGUUGCUCUUGAACAGAUUAUGGCCAAACAAUAUGAAUUUGUUUUUAUUGCAUCAUCACUUUUGAUUGUCUAUGAUGGUAAAAAUAGAGAGAAUGAUAAUAUUAAAGUUGAUGUUCGUCUUGUUGAUUUUGCUCAUGUUUUUCCAUCAUCAUCUAAUACUGAACCAGAUGAAAAUUUUCUUUUUGGUCUUCGUCAUUGUAUAAAUUAUCUAAAAAUGUUGAUUGAUGAUAAAUUCCAGUAUAUAUCUAUUGAUAAAUUAGAUCAUACAACUAAUUUAUCAACAUCAACUUGUUAUAAAACAUUGUUAAAAUAA